AUGAAAAGAGCCAGACCAGCGGGCGAACCAGGGGAUGGGCACGUGACGCGCAAGAUCACCAGCGACGACCAGUUUCUCUCGCGGCGCGGCUCCCUCGCCACGGGCCAGCCGUCUCCCUCCUGCGCGUCCAGCUCCUCCCACGUCUAUCCAGAACACCGCGUCGAUCCCACCGCCGUGCGGCUCUCGGAAAACCCGGCCGACGACUACCAGCGCACCUGGGUCUCCGCCGAGACCAGCCGUCCACGUGACUCAGCGGGCCUGCUGCACGUGACGCGCUCGCGCUACCGCACGUGUGCCGUGCAGAGCUUCCACGACGUUUUGCAUGGCGUCUCUUCGCCCACGUCCAACUCCACAUCGACGGCGUCGCCCACGACCACGUCUGCCAAGCGGGCCGGUCUCGAUUGCUCCGAAUACCAAUUUCCAGACGUCCUGGCCACCAGCGACCUCACUCCACACGCGACCGGCGCACAACCGCCGCAAUUGCUCGCCAAUCGCGACGGCCCUCCCACGGAUCUCAACUCCCUCACCAAGAACCAGCAGUUUCGUCUGCGCAAGAUCCAGUAUUCCGACCAGCGCGUAUCACGUGCUAUCAACCCGAACAACUGCGUGCUCUGGGACCACCACACCGGCUACGUCUUCUUUACCGGGAUCUGGCGUCUGUACCAGGACGUGAUGCACGUCCUGGUCUCGCUGGACCGGCCCGAUACCCCGUCCUCGCAGCUCAGUGUCGAUCGCAAGGCCCACUGCCAGCUCGAGCUUGACUACGUGUUGUCCAAGUGUCUGUACGAGCGACCACAGCCCGUCGACUCGCCAACCCAUUUCUCGCGUCGCAAGCCCUCUUUCAAACGCACCUACCGCCAUUCCAGUGUUCCCAACGUCACCGCUGCUCCCAACACUACUCCAGCAGCGACGGCAUCAUCGUCGUCGUCGUCGUCGUCCUCCUCCUCCUCCUCACUCCAUUAUUCUGAUAUCCACUGGCACAACCUUGAUUCUCAACUCAAGGACUCCUUGUGUCGCGCAUACCGCGAGGCCUAUCACCACGAUCAGGAUUUCGAAUUCCAAGACCUAAUGAAACGUAUUCGCGGUGGCUACAUCAAGAUCCAAGGCACUUGGCUGCCAUUCGAAGUGGCCAAAGCUCUCUGUGUGCGGUUCUGUUUCCCAAUCCGGUUUCUCCUAGUCCCCAUUUUUGGCCCAGAGUUCCCCCACGAUUGUGAACUGUGGUAUCAAACAUACGUGGGUCUUUUCCCGCCCAAACCUUCUUCUACCUAUUCCGUACCCGCUCCGUUUCCAGCCCAUCCAUCCACUCCUCCUGUGCAUCGCCAUGAAAGACCCCAACAGCUGGACUUGUCACUUAUGAGGCCCCUGGAGAGACCUCGUGUCGAUGUAGAGUUAUUGGACGCUUCUCAAAACUUGUUGAAAUUAUCUCGCAACAACCCAAGCCCCCAAGAAGCUUCCCAAUCUCAAAUUCCGGUGUCACCGUUCUUUAGAAACAGGGCUGCCUCAUGGUCUCCUGAACUUUCUUCCCCACAUUCGAACUCCGGACAAUCACAUCAACCCCAAGCGUUGCCGCCAAUCAGACCUUUACUCGACUCUUUGGAACGCAACUAUCACUCUCCGUCAAAGUCAGCCAAUUUCAACAGUGAUUCCGAAUAUUUUUCAUCUCCCUUAAGCAACGAUACCCGGUAUUCCAGUCCUCCUAUAUCUCCGGGCUUCAGUACUCUAGCGACAGCUCCAAAAUCGUAUGGCAUGGAUCCAACGUCCAAUACGGACAAUAAUUUCGUAGCAGUGCCUGCCUCAUCUACCACAAUAAGAGCACAACCAAAACUAGCAAUCAGUCAUCCUCAUUCGAGCCCCAUGGCUCUGAAUAAUUUUGCCCAUUUUUACAAUUCUCAUGGACACAAGUACACCUACCCAGGUGGCAUGCAGGUCAUGUAUCACACACAAAAUACUACUCCCUCUCUGGAACAAAAUUCACGUAAACCAGCGUUCUCGGGAGAAGGGGAAUUUCUCAGGUAG